AUGAGUUCUCAUGUCGUUGUGAUAGAUACCACUGCUAGGCGAGCGACAGUUAAGACCACUCCAGCCAAGUAUCUCGCCGAUAUCCUCCAGGAAUCUUGCACCAAGUUGGGUCUCGAUGCAGGCCAGUAUGGACUAAAACACAAGAGCAAACAACUGGAUCUUUCUCUUUCCAUCCGACUAUCUGGCCUGAGUUCAGGUGCGAAGCUUGAGUUAGUUCAGCUUUCCCGGUCUCCCGCCGUUGUCACCAUUGCCCUCCAGCUACCCGAAUCGGAAGCCCACGGCGUACCAAAUGGACGACUAUUAGAUAAAUUUCCGAGCAAUACUACUCUAUGGAUCGUUCUCCGGAAGUUCGAGGCGGGUGUGGCUGGGAAUGCGUCCAUUCGCAACCUGACAGCGCGGGGCGUGCCUUCUACUGGUACCGGGGAAACCGGCUCUGGCAGACUAUACUACGAGAUUCCAGUGCUGCAGGUUGUAGGACGAGAGCUCUCGACAUUUACGGAUCUGCAGAAGUCUCUCGCGCAGCUAGGGUUUAACAGUGGCAAUGUUCUGAUGAGGUUGAGCUUCCGAAAAACGGAUGAACCUCUGGAAGAGGCGAUGGUGAAGAUCGAAGAGUACUUCAAAUCGUUCAGCGACGUUAUGUCCAACAGCACACCGACCACCGGGCCCCCACCAGAAGAAGUGACGGUAGCAACAACUGCUCAUCAAAACACAGCUAACUCAGAGCUUCCCCAACAGCCUCCUAGCUCUGUUGUUGAAUCUACACCUCAUCCCCCCAGUAGACCGACACAACCCAUCGACACUACCUCUACCGCUACGAGGUCGCCAUCAGCGGUGCCUAACAUCUCAUCACGUCCAGUAAUGGUAUUUUCUCCUCCAACCUCGGGCACUCCUCAAUCUGCGCAAACUACAUACAAUGACACAGAUUACGUACCCUCAAUGGACCAGGCACAGGCCCAUCAAAGACGUCUCAAUCAGGCCUCCCGGCCGACUCGUCUUCCUACCGAUGCCGAAAUAGCCUCCAAGGCGGCAGCCGAGCAUGAAAAGCUCGCCGCUGUCAAAGACGUGGACGUGAAGGUCCGGUUUCCUGACCAGAGCCAAGUUAUUGUGAAGUUCGGUCAACAUGACACAGCCAAGACUCUUUAUGAUUUUGUCAGAAGCUGUCUGGUUGAGCCGUUGGCGAGCGAGAAGUUCAUUAUUACCUCGCUCCCAACUGGGCUAAAGCCAGGUCAUACCGGGGCCAAGAUCCAAACAGCCAUCCCGGACACAUCAGAGGCCCUCUUGAUCCAAGAUCUAGGCAUGGUGGGCCGUGUCCUGGUGAAUUUCACAUGGGAUACCAGCGUGCCGCCGGCCGUCCGUGAAAGCAGGGAGAAUCUGCUCAGACUCGAGCUGCGCAGUCAAGCCCAGAAACUCAAGGUGGAUCCGGUCCCAGACCCGAGGGACGAGCCCGAGUCGGGUUCAGGCAGGAGUCUCGGUGCAAGCGGUGGUGACCAACAGGACAAGGAAAAACCGGGGCUACGAAAGGGCGGCGUUCCCAAAUGGUUGAAAUUGCCUGGGAAGAAGUAG